AUCGUGCGCACAACCAACGGACAAUAAAUAGCCCCGAUGCAAUCAGUAUCAACAGGCUUCAGGAACGUCAGCAACCGGUUAAUUCAAAAACACUUUUCUGGAAUUCUUUGUUGAAUUUUCCUCGCAAGGGCAGCUAACUUAGACAGCUCAUUUUCAACUUACUGUUACAGCUUUAAGUGUUCAAAAGUUACAAGCAGCACUCACGGCUAGCUGGCUAAUAAAGCUAGCUACGUCGCAAAAGGGAAACCGCAUGAAAAAAUGAACAAAAGCAGUAAAAGAGCAACCCAGCUACGCUACAUUUAGAUAGUUCGCAAGCUAGCACAUUUUUAUGUGUGUCGUGUCCGUGUAAAUUGCAAUGCCGUGGAAGGUCGCUGCUAGCUGCUGACUUGAGUAUUGCAUGUGAGAAUUCAAAACAGUGUCGUUCAGUCAUUCAUAAUAACGGCAUCGGGUUUCGGGGUCGAAAAGCACCGCGCUAGCGUAUGUUAGCACUGGUGGGAUUUCCCCUUUAUCUGGAAAUCUUUAUUGAUGACCUGUACAGCAUGGGCGAGCUCGUCGGUGUGGAAGCGUCAUGUCUGGUUGGAGGUAUUAAAUAUUAAUAAUACCCAACAGCUAAGAGGUUUAAUUGUGGAUUAUCAAACGCUUCUCUUUUUUAUCAAGACAGAGGAGAGAGUCAGCUAACUAGCUAGCUAGCUAGGCGGCUAACAUUUGCUAGCUAACUUGCUGGCUAGCGCCGACGACUGGAGAGCGAAAAGAAAACGCCGUGAUGUUUAACCCUCACCACCAUCAACAGCAGCAGCAGCAGCAGCAGUUCCACCAACACCUGCGGCAGCUCCAGCAACUUUUUCAGCAGCAACCCCCACCUCCCCCUCCGCCACCCCCACCCCCUCCACAACCUCCACCGGCGCACCAUAUACAGCACCACCAUCAAGGAGGCCGACCCAUGGCUGUCCCUGGCCCGGCACCCCCCCCUCCCCGCUUGGUCAACCUGUGCUCCGCUACCCAAGCCACCAUCAUCGCCCCCAACCCCAUGCUGCAGGGGGCGCUGCUCAUGCAGCAGAUGCAAGGUAGCAUGAGAGGAUUCGCGAUGGGGGCCCAGCCGUUCCCCCCGUUCUUCCCGGCCGGGGCGCGGUCCUCCCUCCUGGGCCCGGUCCCCAUGGGCGUGGCCAUCAAGACUCCGCACAUGGGCUUCCCCCCCCGGCACUACCACCCGCACGCGCGCUACUUCAACAACGACUUUGCGGCUCGCCCGCCGGAGAGGAGCCGCGAGAGCGAACAGCGGGCGCUGCCGGCGGUCGACGGGCGCCCGGGCGGCAGUGGCAUGGAGGUGGAUACCAGCGACAGGGCCGUCAUCAGAGAGGAGGCCGCCGCAGUGCCUGAAGGACACGGCGACUCCCCUGCUGUGCAGCAGCAGGAGGAGCCUGCCCUGAAGAGGCCCAGAACUGAGGGGACGAGCGAGCCCGUUGCCCUGCCCCCCCCAGUGGAGAGCGUCCUGGACGCGGAUUACAAAAGUGCUGUUGACGAGGCGCAGCCCGGGGACUGUGUGCCUCUUCAGGAAGGAGGAAGCGCAGUUGGACCGGAGGCCGUAGAGUUUGUGGAAGAGAGCAGAGCGGCUGAGGUCCUGGGGUCAGAGGGGUCGGUGAACAUCGUCGCCCCGCCCAGCGACGAGACCCCGGCUUUCGGCCCCCGGCCCGAAGACGCGGGGGGCCCCGGGGGGGCCCCAGUGGCGCUGGUGGGGAGCGAGGAGGGCGGAGAGGCCACCAACAAGUUCUACUGCUACAUCUGCAGCAUCACCUGUCAUAACCAGCAGAACUUUCAGAGCCACAUGAACGGCCUGGCGCACCAGCAGCGCAUGAUGGAGAUCCAGCACAUGAGUAACGCCUGCCUGGUCACCUUACUGCCCCGCGUGCAGGAGUCUCUGCAGGGAGUGCGCAGGGACGGGGAGAAGAGACCGGGCCUUCAGCGCUGGUGCGCCACCUGCCAAACGCACUUCACCAGUAACGUCAUGGAACACCGGCGCACCAAGGAGCACAAGCUGCUGAGCCGCUCCUCCUGCCCCACCUGCACCGUCUGCAAGCUCAGCUUCAGGUCGUCCCGCCAGUUUGUGGCGCACAUGGACUCCCCCGAGCACAAGCAGAGGACUGAGGAGCUGCAGGGGGAAGGCGGAGCAGAAGCGCUAGAGGGGCGGGUCCCUGCAGAGGCUCUGAGCUUCAUUGAGGCGGAUGACUUUGAGGAAGAGUUCGGUGAGGACGAGGAGGGGGAGGAAGGGGAAGAAGGGUCUGAGUCCAGCCCCCAGGACCAGGGAGGGUGGCACGUUCAGAAGGAGGUCACCCUGGAGGACAUGCAGGACGAUGAGGAGUACGACCCAGACACGCAGUACGGGCCCAGCUUCAUGGUCCCGGUGGCGGGGUUCCUGUGUCGGCUCUGCCACCACUUCUACCCCGCCGGGUCCCCCGCCCGACUCACCCACUGCAAGUCCCGCGCGCACUUCCACAACCUGCAGAAGUACCGCGCCUCGCAGAACCAGGGGGUGGCGGCAGACGCUGUGGGCGGGGCGGAGGCGGGGCCAGACAAACGGGACGGCCCCCAAGCGCGCAGAGAGCCCGUCAGCACCGCGGGGAGGGGGGACGGAGACGCCGGCGACAGAGGGGCGCGGGACGACGGCAGCGCCGGCCCGGGGACCGCCGAACCGGCCGACGCGUGCCGGGACGAGGCGGAGCGCCCCGAAACCUUGGGCGGAGGCGGCGGGCGGGAGGAAGAGGCGGGGGAGGAAGAGGAGUCCGCCCCCGCCCCGCCCUGCCAGAUCGCCGGCUCUGCGAGUUCUCCCGCUUCCUGCGUACCGGAGGAAGAGGAGGAGCCUGCGAAGGAAGAGGAGGAGCCUGCGAAGGAAGAGGAGGAGCCUGCAAAGGAAGAGGAGGAGCCUGCAAAGGAAGAGGAGCAGCCCGCAAAGGAAGAGGAAGGGGCGGGCGGCCGAGCGCGGGUGACGCCCAGGAGGAGGUCCGGGAGGGCCACGCGGAGGCGCUGAGGAGGCCGGAGGAGAGAGAGAGCGCGAUGGAGAGACAGCCGCAGGAACCCAAACGGGUUCUCCAACACCCCUGGAGCUGGGCGUUUCUGAUUGGGCGACAAGGGGUGGAGAGAGGGGAGGGACGGAGAGGGAGAGCCACACCCUCUCUGCUGUAGAAAUCUCGGACCAGGGGCUCGGUCGCGAGCCAAAGCCCAAAAGUAAUUUACUUGACUGGGUGGUUUUAAAAGCCAGGAGUUCAAGGGGGCCAGUCCCAGACGUUUCUGGACCUGGUAUGACACAAAAGGGGUUGAGGAGAAGAAGAAGCAUGGGUUUGGGGAUCCAAACCAGUUAUGUAAUUGUGUUGAGUAGCUUUGGCUUGAUCUUAAAAGUGUUGAGAAAAAAAAAAAAAAAAAAACAAUUCGUGAGCUGACGAGAGCAAGGGUCUGUUUGAAAGCAGACUGCGCCACCCUGAGGCCAGCUCGCGCUCAGCCCUGUCGCUACGGUCGAUUUAGCGCGUAGUUUCCAGUUGAAUUUCUGACGCUGUGGAUCGUGUAUUUUUUAGUGAGCUUUAGAAUGUUAACUGCACAGAACCAAGAGAUGCUUCUCGCCGGGUGGCCGGCCUUUCAAAUCUAAUGUAAAAGAAAAAAAGAAAAAAAAUCUACAUUGAUGAUAACAGUAGCGUUUCUGACUAUGGAGAAAGGCGUAAACGUCUAGGGUUGAGCAGGUCAGUCUUUUGGAAGGCGCCUCUCUGUCGAAGGGAGAGUCUGCCGUACACAUUCACCCUGCUGCACGCUCCUCCCUGCCUUUCAUUACAAUGUAAACUCACGAAUGCUAGGAAGUCAAACAUUUUUACCCUCCAGCAUCCGAGGCUGAUGAGAUUCUAGCAGGGAAGGUCCCUGAAUACAGUUUGGCCCUAACUUUUCCUCUUUUUUUUUUUUGGACUGGCAGUUGGAAAUGGCCCUACUGGUGCCUCCCAAGUCCACAUCCAUCUGGCUCUUUUGUGCCUGUGUGGUAAAGGGAAAAAACUGUUCCUAAUUGACAUUGCUAAAUGUUAAUCAAUCUGUCCUACAUGCCCGAAGGGGAGAUUUUAUUUGGAUUUUUUGUGAAAGAUUUUGUUUUAUUUAUGUGGUUGAAACACUGGAAUCAUGACCACAGAGUCAUGUUGUUUUUUAACUCAUGCUAUGCCCAAGAAGGUACUACAGUCACACAGUUCCCCAACCAAAGCCUACGCAGUGUACUUCGCACUGUUGGAGAAAUAUGACAUUGAUACGUAGCCCUGAUUGUCAAGGAUUUUAACUUCUGUUUGUACAGCUGAGGUCAGUUGAGCUACACUGUGCCUCAGAACAGGUGGACCUACCCAGCCCCCACAGCCCUGCAGAGCAACCCAACCCCCACGGCCCUGUAGAGCUACCCAACCCCGCGGCCCUGUAGAGCUACCCAACCCCCACGACCCUGUCGAGCUACCCAACCCCCGCAGCCCUGUAGAGUUACCCAACCCCCACAGCCCUGUAGAGUUACCCAACCCCCACGGCCCUGUAGAGCUACCCAACCCCCGCGGCCCUGCAGAGCUACCCAACCCCCGCGACCCUGUAGAGCUACCCAACCACCCUGGCCCCCUGUAGAGCUACCCAACCCCCAGGCCCUGUAGAGCUACCCAGCCCCCGUGCCCUGUAGAGCUACCCAGCCCCCGCGCCCUGUAGAGCUACCCAACCCCGUGACCCUGUAGAGCUACCCAACCCCUGCAGAGCUACCCAACCCCCGCGCCCUGUAGAGCUACCCAACUCUGCACCCUGUAGAGCUGAGCAUUAUUUCCUGCUGUAGGAGACAUGGGCCCCAGCAGCCAUUCAUCUGGUACUGCAUAACGCGUCUGCUGACGGCGGUGCCUCAGAGUGGGAUUAUACGCGCGUGAGCUGUGGGAAUCUGUUUUGCCCACACAGCCAGCACUCUGUAGCACUCUUUCUUGUUACAAAGGGAAAAAUGGGUACUUAGGGGCAGUCUUGUGAACGCUUACCUUAGCCGAAGGCCGUGGCUUUCACAAAACACUGAACAAGGCCGACGCAGAGUUGGUCAGUGAGGCUACAGGUGGCCAGCACUUGUCCUGAGUCAACAAAACUGGCUUCUGUCCUUGGCUGUGUAAUUUAUAAUUCCUUCUGGGGUCUUUGUUUUUAAAUGAUGAACCAUCUAUCCCUCGUUGGUUUUGCUUAUACUUUGUCCCUUAAGUACAUUUUAAUUUUUUUUUCUACUAUUGUUGUGUGAAACAAAUAUGCCUUCGGUUUGCGCGGUCAGCCAGCAGAUUGGGUUUGAGAUGAACGGCUGACCCUUACCGUAUGUUGAGCGCAAAUGCAGAGAUUAUAGGAGUCACCCUCACGCGCUCCACGUUUAAUCCCUCGUGAGGCGUUUUGACGUCACAAGAGCGGCGGUUCCCCAUUUUAGACUGCUAUCGUGAGGAAGUAGCAAAGGGAGCGCUUCUGGAGUUAAACUGUUCCGAUUCCUUAGUUGCCAGUAGACCUAAUUGUGGUCUCCAACAC